AUGCGACCCUGUCCCCAACCAGACCUCCAGGUUGCUGGACUGCUCAACCAGGCUGUUGGAUCAUUGCCUGGUUGUGAUCCAACGUUAAAUGUGAUGAAGCCGGGAGAUAAUGAUCAUACUGGAAACUGUUGGCUUUCACUGAGCGGUAUAAAAGGACGCGUUGGCUCUAGCUGGACACAGUUAGUCGAGAGACACCCGACAGCCAUGAAGUCCCUGGUGAUUGUGACCGCCCUGGCCGCCUUCUGCUUGGUGGACACAAGCGCUGAGCCUUCUGCACUUGCUGAACCUUCCCCAGUUGCUAAACCUGGUCACUUAGGUGGAUUCGGAGGAUUCGGAGGCUAUGGAGGCUUUAGGGGAGGAUAUGGAGGCUUUGGCGGUGGAUAUGGAGGUUACGGAGGCUACUACCGCGGAAAGAGGAGCGCUGACCCUGAAGCCAAUCCAGGUUUUCUAGGUGGUUUCGGACGAGGAUAUGGAGGCUUUGGAGGUUUCGGGGGAGGGUAUGGAGGCUUCGGGGGAGGAUAUGGAGGCUACGGAGGCUUCUAUCGUGGAAAGAGGAGCGCUGAGCCUGCUGCUGAGCCUGAAGCUAAUCCAGGUUACUUUGGAGGCUUCGGUAGAGGCUUCGGCGGCUUUGGAGGCUUCGGGAGAGGAUAUGGAGGGUAUGGAGGCUACGGAUACUAUGGUUGAACACAAGCUAUUGUCAGCUGAGCCUUCUAUUUGUUUUCUGUCUUUGAAUCUAUAAAAAAAUAAAAACUUUCAAGCAUAAA